UUGAGUCAGCGGUAUCACUCGUAAAAUCAAAAUGGCGGACGAAGAAGCAUUUCUUGAACAUUCAAUGAACAGCAAUGAUAACUCUAUAAAUAACCAAGAAACAGACGAAGAAAAGCUAGAAAAAUUACAUAUUAGGAAGGUGGUAGAAGCGUUUUUGUUUUACAAAGAAUAUUCUUUAAGGAAAGUAGAUAGAAUUGGUACCUAUUUUGACCAGAUUCCCAGACAUCACCGUAAAAUGUUGCCGGAUUUUACCAGGCAUUUGAGGGAAGUAAAGAGAUGUAUUGAAGUCAAUCAAGAAUUCCUGCGAAACAUUGUUAGCUGUACAGAAGGGAUGUUUGAGAAUAGAGAUAUGGAGCUGAAUGUAAGUACAGGGAUUUAG